CAGCACUAAGACCAAGUUAAACCUUUAUCUUUGCUCAUACUUCUCUAUCCCAUUCAGUGUCUUCUUGUUGUCUACUUACACUCAUCACCUUCCACCAACAUCAACAACAAAGUGACAAGCUUCAACCUCUCAAACCUCCAACGAAAUGGCCGACCCCAGCACCACCCCUCCCCUUACCCGUGCCUCCGUCCUCGCCGCUCACUCCCUCAUAAAGCCCUACAUUCACGAGACGCCCGUGCUUACGAAUACCACUUUCGACCAACUCGCUUCCACCCCUCGUACUCCCGAAGAGCUGCAAGGAACGGAAUGGGAGGCUACCGAAAGACCGGCGAACCCAAAGAUUCGGUUCUGGUUCAAGUGCGAGAAUUUCCAGCGGAUUGGCGCGUUCAAGGCUAGAGGAGCGUUUCAUGCUGUGGAGAGGUUGAAGCAAACUGAGGGGUUAGAGGGGUUGAAGAAGGGCGGAGUAGUGACGCAUAGUUCUGGUAACCACGCCCAAGCCCUUUCCCUCGCUGCCCGCGAGAACGGCAUCCCGGCGCACAUCGUUAUGCCUACCAUCUCGCCUCCGCCCAAGAUCGCUGCCACCAAGGGUUACGGCGCCAACAUAACCUUUAGCGGAAGCACGAGUACCGAGCGUGAAGCAGUUACAAGGGAGGUGAUUGAGAAGACGGGUGCGAGGCUGGUGCCGCCUUAUGAUCACCCAGACAUCAUCCUCGGCCAAGGCACCGCCGCCCUAGAGCUCCAACGCCAAGUCGCCGCCUCUCUCUCCACCUCCGGCACCACCACCACCACCAACCGUCGUCGUCUUAACGCGAUAAUAACCCCCUGCGGCGGCGGUGGUCUCCUCUCCGGCACCGCUCUCGCCUGUUCCGACCUCUCCCCUUCCGAUCCCUCCACACCCGGUCCAAUCCUGGUCUUCGGCGCCGAACCCUCCUUCUCGGGCGCGGACGACGGUCGUCGGGGUUACUACUCGGGCACUCGCAUCGAGAGCGUCAAAUCCUUGACGAUUGCCGAUGGGCUGCGGACUCCUCUGGGGGCGUAUCCGUGGAGUAUCAUCUAUGAGCGGAAGCUGGUGGCGGGCAUGUACAGUGUGGGCGAGGAAGAGAUCAAGAAGGCGCUGAGGCUGGUUUAUGAGAGGAUGAAGGUUGUUGUUGAGCCGAGCGCGGUAGUGGGGUUGGCGGUAGCGUUAUUUAAUGAGGAGUUUAGGAGUAUGGUGGAGAGGGAAGGGGGGGAGGAAGGGUGGGAUUUGGGGGUGGUGUUUAGCGGAGGGAAUGUUGAGCUGGCGGCGUUGGGGAGGUUGUUUGGUGAGGAAUAGACCGGUCAAGGAGAGGAGCUUAUAUAAAGAGGAACUAGGAGUUGAAGUCAAUGUCAGCUCGUCUGCUGUCCAAGAAUCAGACCACUAAUGCAUAAACCAAGCCAUUGAACAGAGAAAGAAAAAGAAAAGUUCAUUGACCGACAUGCCACCGGGCAGAGGCCCCCCAUAAAGAUAAUUAUAUACAAUCCGAACAAAC